GUCGCUCUGACCGCUCGUCGCCACCUCUCAACAAACGACUCUGUACAUUUCUCUUCAGAUUCCUCAUAUUCAUCUUCAGACCUAUAACCCGGUAGCGCUCUUAACCUCGCCAACCAAGUCAUGGCACCCGGCGUCACCCAGUUCGCCAUCUUUGCUGCGAGCGAGGCGUACCGCGAGAACCCGGAGGUGCUCAGGCCGGCGCAGGAGUUGCUGGCCAAGGCGCCAGGGUGGCGAUAUACGUACCACGGCCUGCAGAGCGAAGACAACGCGACGGCGUAUCUCCUGGUCGGCUGGGACGACCUCGACUCGCACCGCGCACUAAUACGCACGCCCGCCUCCUCCGAGGCCCUCCUCUCCGCGCUGCAGCCCGCCAUCCGCCCGCGCUCCUCCUCCCCCUCGCCCACCCCGUCGCUCGCCUCCCCAGCGCCCUCCUCCACCCCCUUACCCACCAGCACCAGCACCAGCACCUCCGCCCCCACGCCGAAGCCCCCCGACAUCGACCUCUUCCACAUCCAGUUCCACAUCGCGCCCGCGCGCGCGCUCGCCGCGCCGUGCACGCAGAUCGCGCUCGUGCGCGUGCGCAAGGGCGCGACGGACCGCGACCGCGGGCGCCUCACGGGGCUCAUGGUGCACCUCGAGAAGGUCGUCAGCCAGGCGCGCAGCGCGUGCUCGUGGGGGCCCAGCGUCGACCGCGAGGGCGUGCUCGCGUUCGUCGCCGGGUGGGAGUCGCCUGAGAAGUACCAGGACCUCGUGCGGAAGAGCGACGAGCUCGCGGCGAUCGCGCGCCAGAUCAGCGAGAUCGCGGACCUAGACGUCAAGCACGCACGGCUAUCCUUAUUAUCCUCCGCAUAACGCGCGGACAUAGAUUCGUCCAUCCCUCGGACGCCGCACCACGUAUAUAGCACCCAGCGCCGCCGCAUGUAUGCAUGGAACCCGAUCUGUAUUAGCACAGUGUAUCUUGGAGCUCGAGCCCCCCGCCGUAUCUUACUAGUAUCUAUCUCUCGUACCCGCCCUGCUCGGACUAGUCGUACUUGCUCCAGUUGGUUAAUAGAAUAAAUUCGAUCUCCCUGCUCGGGGAAACCAGGCAACACAUGAUCAAAUCCCACCACACCACUAAUGUGCACCUGCCUGAACACCCCCACCUCACCCUCAGCGCCCCCCACCCGGCCCGAACAAAAACCUGACGGUCCCCUCAUUCCGCCCCAGCAGCGCGACCUCGCCCUCCGCGCCCGCCCCCCUCGGC